CCGCCCGUGCUCCCAGCGCACCUCCGUGGGCUCCACGCGUCUUGCCCCGCCGAGGCAACCUCCUCCGGGCGCGGGCCCCUGAACACUAUGGCCCCCGGGCGGACGGAGGAAGGCGCCGCGGUGCGCGCCCGCCUGGUGCUGGCCUUCGCGCUGGCGAGUGUUCUGAGCGGCCCCCCCGCUGCCGCCUGCCCCACCAAGUGUACCUGCUCCGCCGCCAGCGUGGACUGCCACGGGCUGGGCCUCCGGGCGGUUCCCCGGGGCAUCCCCCGCAACGCCGAGCGCCUUGACCUGGAUAGAAAUAACAUCACCAGGAUCACCAAGACCGAUUUCGCUGGACUCAAGAACCUCCGAGUCUUGCAUCUGGAAGACAACCAGGUCAGCGUCAUCGAGAGAGGCGCCUUCCAGGAUCUGAAGCAGCUGGAGCGAUUGCGCCUGAACAAGAAUAAACUCCAGGUCCUCCCGGAACUGCUUUUCCAGAGCAACCCGAGGCUCACCAGACUAGAUCUGAGCGAAAACCAGAUCCUGGGGAUCCCGAGGAAGGCGUUCCGAGGCAUCGCAGACGUGAAGAACCUGCAACUAGACAACAACCGCAUCAGCUGCAUUGAAGAUGGAGCCUUCCGAGCGCUGCGUGAUUUAGAGAUCCUCACUCUCAAUAACAACAACAUUAGCCGCAUCCUGGUCACCAGCUUCAACCACAUGCCGAAGAUUCGAACCUUGCGCCUCCACUCCAACCACCUGCACUGCGACUGUCACCUGGCCUGGCUCUCGGAUUGGCUGCGACAGCGGCGGACCAUUGGCCAGUUCACUCUCUGCAUGGCUCCUGUGCACCUGAGGGGCUUCAACGUGGCGGACGUGCAGAAAAAGGAGUACGUGUGCCCAGGCCCGCACUCAGAGCCUCCAUCCUGCAGUGCCAACUCCAUCUCCUGCCCUUCAGCCUGCACUUGCAGUAAUAACAUCGUGGACUGUCGAGGGAAGGGCUUGAUGGAGAUCCCCGCCAACUUGCCAGAGGGCAUCGUUGAAAUACGCCUGGAACAGAACUCCAUCAAAUCCAUCCCUGCUGGAGCCUUCACCCAGUACAAGAAACUGAAGCGAAUAGACAUCAGCAAGAAUCAGAUCUCGGACAUCGCUCCAGAUGCCUUCCAGGGUCUGAAAUCGCUCACAUCUCUGGUGCUCUAUGGGAACAAGAUCACCGAGAUUGCCAAGGGAUUGUUUGACGGGCUGGUGUCCCUACAGCUGCUGCUCCUCAAUGCCAACAAGAUCAACUGCCUGCGGGUGAACACGUUUCAGGACCUGCAGAACCUCAACCUGCUCUCCCUAUACGACAACAAGCUUCAGACCAUCAGCAAGGGGCUCUUUGCUCCUCUGCAGGCCAUCCAGACGCUCCACUUAGCCCAAAACCCAUUUGUGUGCGACUGCCACUUGAAGUGGCUGGCCGACUACCUUCAGGACAACCCCAUCGAGACCAGCGGGGCCCGCUGCAGCAGCCCGCGCCGGCUGGCCAACAAGCGCAUCAGCCAGAUCAAGAGCAAGAAGUUCCGCUGCUCAGGCUCGGAGGAUUACCGCAGCAGGUUCAGCAGCGAGUGCUUCAUGGACCUCGUGUGCCCGGACAGGUGCCGCUGCGAGGGCACCAUCGUGGACUGCUCCAACCAGAAGCUGGCCCGUGUCCCGAGCCACCUCCCCGAAUACGUCACCGACCUCCGACUGAACGACAAUGAGAUAUCUGUUCUAGAGGCCACCGGUAUCUUCAAGAAGUUGCCCAACCUGCGGAAAAUAAACUUGAGUAACAAUAGGAUCAAGGAGGUGAGAGAGGGUGCCUUUGAUGGAGCGGCCAGCCUGCAGGAGCUGAUGCUGACAGGGAACCAGCUGGAAACAGUGCAUGGGCGCGUGUUCCGUGGCCUCAGCGGCCUCAAGACCUUGAUGCUGAGGAGUAACCUAAUCAGCUGUGUGAGCAAUGACACCUUUGCUGGCCUGAGUUCAGUGAGGCUGCUUUCCCUCUACGACAAUCGGAUCACCACCAUCACCCCCGGAGCCUUCACCACGCUUGUCUCCCUGUCCACCAUAAACCUCCUGUCCAACCCCUUCAACUGCAACUGCCACCUGGCCUGGCUCGGCAAGUGGUUGAGGAAGAGGCGAAUCGUAAGUGGGAACCCCCGGUGCCAGAAGCCCUUUUUCCUCAAGGAGAUUCCCAUCCAGGACGUGGCCAUCCAGGACUUCACCUGUGAAGGCAAUGAUGAGAGCAGCUGCCAGCUGGGGCCGCGCUGCCCCGAGCAGUGCACCUGCAUGGAGACGGUGGUGCGAUGCAGCAACAAGGGGCUCCGCACCCUCCCCAAAGGCAUCCCCAAGGACGUGACGGAGCUGUACCUGGAAGGAAACCACUUAACAGCCGUGCCCAAGGAGCUGCCCACCCUCCGACACCUGACACUCAUUGACCUGAGCAACAACAGCAUUGGCGUGCUGACCAACUACACCUUCAGUAAUAUGUCUCACCUCUCCACCCUAAUCCUGAGCUACAACCGGCUGCGAUGCAUCCCCAUCCACUCCUUCAAUGGGCUGCGGUCCCUCCGAGUGCUAACCCUCCAUGGCAACGACAUCUCCAGCGUUCCCGAAGGCUCCUUCGAUGACCUGACCUCUCUUUCCCAUCUGGCACUGGGAACCAACCCACUCCACUGCGACUGCAGCCUGCGUUGGCUGUCAGAGUGGGUGAAGGCCGGGUACAAGGAGCCUGGUAUCGCCCGCUGCAGUAGCCCCGAGCCCAUGGCUGACCGACUCCUACUCACCACACCUACCCACCGCUUCCAGUGCAAAGGGCCAGUGGACAUCAGCAUUGUGGCCAAGUGCAAUGCCUGCCUUUCCAGCCCGUGCAAGAACAACGGGACAUGUAGCCAGGAUCCCGUGGAGCAGUACCGCUGCGCCUGCCCCUACGGCUACAAGGGAAAAGACUGCACUAUGCCCAUCAACACCUGCCUCCAGAACCCCUGUCUGCAUGGAGGCACCUGCCACCUGAGCGAGAGCCACAGCGAUGGGUUCAGCUGCUCCUGCCCCCUGGGCUUCGAGGGGCAGCGGUGUGAGAUCAACCCAGACGACUGCGAGGACAGCGACUGUGAGAACAACGCCACCUGUGUGGACGGGAUCAACACCUAUGUGUGUGUGUGCCCACCAGACUACACAGGUGAGCUGUGCGAUGAGGUGAUCGACCACUGCGUGCCUGGGAUGAACCUCUGUCAGCAUGAGGCAAAGUGCGUCUCCCUGGACAGAGGAUUCAGGUGCGAAUGUCUCCCUGGCUACAGCGGGAAGCUCUGCGAGGUGAACAGUGAUGACUGCGCAGCCCACAGGUGCCGCCAUGGGGCCCAGUGCGUGGAUGCGGUCAACGGCUACACGUGCAUCUGCCCCCAGGGCUUCAGCGGGCUCUACUGCGAGCAACCCCCGCCCAUGGUCCUGCUACAGACAAGCCCCUGCGACCAGUACGAGUGCCAGAACGGGGCCCAGUGCAUCGUGGUGCAGCAGGAGCCCACCUGCCGUUGCCCCCCAGGCUUUGCCGGCCCAAGGUGCGAGAAGCUCAUCACCGUCAACUUCGUGGGCAAGGACUCCUACGUGGAACUGGCCUCCGCCAAGGUCCGGCCCCAGGCCAACAUCUCCCUGCAGGUGGCCACGGACAAGGACAACGGCAUCCUUCUCUACAAGGGAGACAAUGACCCCCUGGCACUGGAGCUGUACCAGGGCCACGUGAGGCUCGUCUACGACAGCCUGAGCUCCCUGCCGACCACGGUGUACAGUGUGGAGACCGUGAAUGACGGACAGUUUCACAGUGUGGAGCUGGUGACGCUAAACCAGACCCUGAACCUGGUGGUGGACAAAGGAGCCCCCAAAAGCCUGGGGAAGCUCCAGAAGCAGCCAACAGUGAGCAUCAGCAGCCCCCUCUACCUUGGAGGCAUCCCCACCUCCACGGGCCUCUCGGCCUUGCGCCAGGGCGUGGACCGGCCGCUGGGUGGCUUCCACGGCUGCAUCCACGAGGUGCGCAUCAACAACGAGCUGCAGGACUUCAAGGCCCUCCCGCCGCAGGCCCUGGGCGUCUCGCCGGGCUGCAAGUCCUGCAGCGUGUGCAGGCACGGCCUGUGCCGUGCCGUGGAGAAGGAAAGCGUGGUGUGCGAGUGCCACCCAGGCUGGACCGGCCCGCUGUGCGACCAGGAGGCCCGCGACCCCUGCCGCGGCCACAGCUGCAGCCAGGGGAGAUGCGUGGCAACUGGGACCUCAUACGUGUGCAAGUGCACCGAGGGCUACAGAGGGGCCUUGUGUGACCACAAGAAUGACUCUGCCAAUGCCUGCUCAGCCUUCAAGUGUCACCACGGGCAAUGCCACGUCUCAGAUCAAGGGGAGCCCUACUGCCUGUGCCAGCCCGGCUUUAGUGGGGAACACUGCGAACAAGAGACUCCAUGCCUGGGGGGGGUAGUCCGAGAGGUGAUCCGCCGCCAGAAAGGUUAUGCCUCGUGUGCCACGGCCUCCAAGGUGCCCUUAAUGGAAUGUCAUGGGGGCUGCGGUCCCCAGUGCUGCCAGCCCACCCGCAGCAAGCGGCGGAAAUACGUGUUCCAGUGCACAGACGGCUCCUCGUUCGUGGAAGAGGUGGAGAGACACUUAGAGUGCGGCUGCCGCCCGUGUUCCUAA